UUGUCACGGCGACCGAGGGGUGGAAAAAAGGAGAAGGGUGUUGGGCCUGGCGGGAGUGCUGAGGGUUGUGGGCGGCUGGACUGCUCUCCUGGGCGGUGUCCGGGGAGCUGCUGGCCGAGUCUCCCUGGGUUUGCGCCACCCUCUGGGAGGUGUCCGAGUGCGUGGGGUUCACUAGCAAGAUCCUUUGGCCGACGCCAUGGGCUGCUGCUUCUCUAAGAGACGGAAGAGUGAGAAGGAGUCGAGGGCUGAGGGAGAGGAGGAGCAGCCCAAGCUGUACAGCUGGGACCAGCGGGAGAAGGUUGAUCCAAAAGAUUACAUGUUCAGUGGACUGAAGGAUGAAACAGUAGGUCGAUUACCUGGAAAAGUGGCAGGACAACAAUUUGUCAUUCAAGACUGUGAGAACUGUAACAUCUAUAUUUUUGAUCACUCAGCUACCAUUACCAUUGAUGACUGCACCAACUGCAUACUUUUUUUGGGACCAGUGAAAGGCAGCGUGUUUUUCCGAAAUUGUAGGGAUUGCAAGUGUACAUUAGCUUGCCAACAAUUUCGUGUGAGGGACUGUAGAAAGUUGGAAGUCUUUCUGUGCUGUGCCACUCAACCUAUUAUUGAAUCUUCCACAAAUAUCAAGUUUGGCUGUUUUCAGUGGUACUACCCUGAAUUAGCAGCCCAAUUCAAAGAUGCAGGGCUCAGUAUCUUCAAUAACAUAUGGAGUCACGUUCAUGAUUUUACACCUGUAUCAGGAGAGCUCAACUGGAGCCUUCUUCCAGAAAAUGCUGUGGUUCAAGACUAUGUUCCUAUUCCAGCUACUGAAGAAUUCAAAGCUGUACGAAUUUCCACAGAAGCCAAUAGAAGCAUUGUUCCUAUAUCCAAGGGUCAGAGACAGAAGAGCAGUGAUGAGUCAUGCCUAGUGGUAUUAUUUGCUGAUGAUUAUACAACUGCAAAUGCCAGGAAACUAAUUGAUGAGAUGGUUGGGAAAGGGUUUUGCCUGGUGCAGACAAAGGAAGUGUCAAUGAAAGCCGAAGAUGCCCAAAGGGUUUUCCGAGAAAAGGCAUCUGACUUUUUUCUUCUUCUGAACAAAGGUCCAGUGAUUGCCUUGGAAUUUAAUGGAGAUGGUGCUGUAGAAGGAUGUCACCUUAUUGUAAAUGAGAUAUUCAAUGGGACAAAGAUGUUUGUAUCAGAAAAGAAGGAGACAGCAUCUGGAGAUGUUGACAGCUUCUAUAACUUUGCUGAGAUACAGAUGGGGAUUUGAAGCAGAUUGUGGUUCUACAAGCACAAUAAGAACAUUUGGAGCAUUGGGAACAAGCAGAAAUGACAACACAAUAAUAAAAUUACUUCCUGUUGGAUACUU